CUCACGUGUUUACGCGUCUUGGCGCACCGCUCCACCGGACCCCCAAGCCUCAGCAGAGCUGCAACUUUCUUCCUCAUCCUCCAGUCGGUUUCUUCACACUACCUUUGUUCAUUGCUACGCUCAUUCGCUCACUUCGCACCUUCUUCCUCUGCACACGCACUUGCUUUCGUCUCGUAUUACUUAGCAUGCCUUCCUCAGUCGCGAGUGACGAUGUAGCAGGCAACGACGACAGCCUCAUCGUUGACAUCGAGGCCAUCCAAGCCCACGGCAUCAGUGUACCCGACAUCGGCAAACUCAAGAACAAUGGCUACUAUACCAUCGCCUCCGUGCACACAGCCACUCGCCGCAAUCUGCUGAAGAUAAAGGGCUUCAGCGAGAUCAAGGUUGACAAAAUCAAGGAUGCGUUGACGAAGUGCCAGCCUGGAGGAGGUGGCUUCCAGACUGCUCAUGAGCUUGGACAACAACGUAAGCGUGUUCUGAAGAUCUCUACUGGGAUGGCUUCCAGACCAUGAGCAUCAGUGAGGUCUUCGGCGAGUUUCGAUGCGGCAAAACUCAACUGUCUCACACCAUGUCCGUCAUUGCACAGCUCCCGAAGGAUAUGGGCGGUGCUGAAGACACCGAAGGCACUUUCAGA